AUGGCGAAUAUUCCGAUGGAUAUCGUCGACGAUAUGUUCCACCGGCUUCCGGCGAGUACAUUGGUCCGAUUUCGCGUCCUCUCGAAGCCUUGCUUCUCUCUAAUCGACAGUCCUGAGUUCGUCGCGUCUCAACUCAAGCGCACACUCGAAACCGGAGACAACCUCAUGAUCUUACUCCGUGGCCCUCGCAUUCUGCGUACUGUGUACCUCGACUCACCGGAUAAAGUCUCCGACGUCGAGCAUCCUCUGCAAGCCGGUGGUUUAACAGAGGUUUUCGGUUCCUGUAACGGUUUGGUCGGUUUGAUUAACUCUCCGGUCGAUAUAGCGAUUUUCAAUCCAUCUACCCGGAAAAUCCACCGGUUACCGGCUGAGCCGAUUGAUUUAACAGUUAAGAUCACUCUCGAGGAUGUGUUCUACGGAUUAGGGUAUGAUUCGGUGAACAAUGAUUACAAGGUUGUGAGGAUGGUUCAGUCCAAGGUCGAUCGAAGCAAGAAAAGAUUUCCUGUACCUUUUGAAAUCAAAGUUUUCAGCUUGAAGAGGAAUUCAUGGAAGGAAAUCCAUCUUCGUUUUGAGGUUCUGAUUCUUUUCAUUAACCCUUAUUAUCAUCUCUUGUAUCGUCGUGGAAAUGGUGUUCUAGCUAGCAAUAGCCUUCACUGGAUUUUGCCUCGAAGUCAAGGAGAUGUCGCCUUUAACACAAUUGUGAGAUUUGAUCUUGCCUCUGAGGAGCUUGGAGUCGUUAGUUUCCCACGGGAUCUUUAUUGUGAAGAUAAUAUGGAUAUAGGUGUGUUAGAUGGCUUACUUUGUCUGAUGUGCUAUGAGGAGUUUAGCCAUGUUGAUAUUUGGGUUUUGACGGAAUACAAAGGUUAUCACUCGAGAUCGUGGACUAAGAUGUUUAGGGUGCCGAAACCGGAUGAUGUAGAAUCGUUGGAGCUUUUGAGACCUCUGAUGUAUUCCAAGGACAAGACCAAGAUCUUGAUGGAGAUAAACAAUGCGAUGAAUCUCAUGUGGUUUGAUUUGGAGAGUAAGACGCUUACAAGGGUUGGCAUAAAGGACUGUGAUAAUCCGUAUAGCGCAGAAAUCCUUGUGAGCAGCCUUGUUUUGGGAUGUAAUGGAGAUCUUCCCAAGAAAGAAGGCAAAGCUCGAGGAGACAAAAAGAAGUAUAAGAGUAACAAAAGGGGGGAUGGUUUUCUAUCCAAGGGAUUCAAGCUGAAGCUAUAA